AUGGCGGGUCUGCAGCAUUUCCGUCGUCCCGAUGCUGAGGUGAAAGAGGGCCAAGUCACGGUAUUUGGACUUGACGAGCGGGUUCCCGUGCCCCUAAAUAUCACUCACAAGCCGUUGGCUAUCACUUUCCAUGCCUUCCAUGAAGGAAAAGUAAUCGUCGUGGACGCCACCCUCAAGGAGGAACAGGCUUCCGAGGGAGACCUGGUGAUUGCCCUGAACAAUUCUGGCGAAACCUGUGCUCUCUACAAGUCUUCAGGUUGCCCUGUCAGUGCGAUAGAUGUUGUCAACAAGACGUCCCUAGCCUUGCGGAAGGUGCAGGAGAUCAAUGGCAUUAUCGGCAAGGCCUUAGAAGCCGAUCUGGCCAAGCGCGCCAAACAGAAUCGCGGCGUAGAGGCCAGCGCCGAAAACGACCGAUGA